CUGUCCGCAGUCUCUGGUCAUCCCUGUGCUGUCCGCAGUCUCUGGUCAUCCCUGUGCUGUCCGCAGUCUCUGGUCAUCCCUGUGCUGUGUCCGCAGUCUCUGGUCAUCCCUGUGCUGUGUCCGCAGUCUCUGGUCAUCCCUGUACUGUCCGCAGUCUCUGUCUCUGGUCAUCCCUGUGCUGUGUCCGCAGUCUCUGGUCAUCCCUGUACUGUGUCCGCAGUCUCUGGUCAUCCCUGUACUGUGUCCGCAAUCUCUGGUCAUCUCCUGUACUGUGUCCGCAGUCUCUGGUCAUCCCUGUACUGUGUCCGCAGUCUCUGGUCAUCUCCUGUACUAUGUCCGCAGUCUCUGGUCAUCUCCUGUACUAUGUCUGCAGUCUCUGGUCAUCCCUGUACUGUGUCCGCAGUCUCUGGUCAUCCCUGUACUGUCCGCAGUCUCUGGUCAUCCCUGUACUGUCCGCAGUCACUGGUCAUCCCUGUACUGUGUCCGCAGUCUCUGGUCAUCCCUGUACUGUCCGCAGUCUCUGGUCAUCUCCUGUACUUUCCGCAGUCUCUGGUCAUCCCUGUACUGUCCGCAGUCACUGGUCAUCCC